GAUUCCCAAUUAAAGUGCAUAAAUUUGAAAUUAAUACCACCGAAGCUCCACUGAACAUACAUCGUCAGUUGGGAAUGGCAAGAGAGCGAGACACCUUCCAGCUUUCGGGCCCUUGCUAUCUUACACACGUCGACUGGUCCGAUCCAGGUCACCGGCGAUGCAUAGCCGCCAGUUUAGUCCAGGGCGUGUACGUGCAAGAACAGGAAAGACAGGAUCGCAGGCCCAAGCAUGAAACUCACGCGGAAAUGUGGUGGAGCUUCUUCAGCUUCAAGCUCCUCCACCCUCUGCUCGAUCGAUCCGACGGAUCCAUUUUCGGCGCCGUUUAUAAAUGGAGCAAAAAGGCGGCGGGCGUGAGAUUUCAGCCGCCGGGCGUGCCCAAAAUAGUGGUGGCCUUGCGAGGAACAGUUGCGAAAGCAGAGUCUGUGGUCAGAGAUCUCCGGCUGGACUUCAACAUUUUCACUAAUGAACUCCACAGAAGCUGCCGUUUUCACUGCACACUAGACGCCGUGAAAGCAAGCGUUCACAAGCAUGGAAGUGAGAGCGUGUGGAUCGCCGGGCAUUCUCUCGGCGCUGCCAUGGGUAUGUUAGCGGGACGGAAAAUGGCAGAGGAAGAGCAGCAGUUUUUACAGACCCAUCUCUUCAAUCCACCCUUCAUUUUGCCGCCGGUGGAAAGGAUUAAGAAUGAGAAAAUCAAAAGCGGGUUUCACAUUGCGCGAAGCCUGGUCACGGCCGGGCUGUCAAUGACGCUGCUGGACAGCCGUGCCCGAGCUGAAUCUCAGAAAACGUUUUCUGCUCUGCGAUUGUGGGUUCCUUGUUUGUAUGUGAAUCGGCAGGAUUAUGUGAGCUCGGGUUAUGUGGGCUAUUUUGCUAACCAGCAGGUGAUGCAUGAAAUGGGGGCUGGCGGUAUUGCUGAACUGGCCGCACGGCACUCUAUCAGUGAGAUGCUUUUGUCGGCAUUUGGGAAGAAGUCCAAGGCAGGGCAUUUGAUACCAUGUGCGAGGCUUAUUAUCAAUCUGAGCGCUUCGGCGGAUUUUAAGACGGCCCAUGGUAUUCAUCAGUGGUGGGCUGCUGAUAUCAAAAUUCAAUGCACAGAAUACAGGCUUGUUCCGGCAGAACACCCCAAAACUGCUUUUCAUCUGCAAGCACAUAUUUAACGUCUUGUGGUUUUUUUUUGCCCAUCUGUACCAUGAGUAUUAUUUCUUUUCUUUCUGAUGAUAAUGGAAUUGAGUCUUUUUCAUCCA